AAAACAUCUUGAGGAAACCUGGACUAUAUAGUCUGAAAUCACCAACCCGCAUUGAGCAAGCGUGGUGAUUAAUGCUCAAUCCUUCUCCGCGUGAGAGGAGGCCUGUGCCCAGCAGUGGGACGAUAAAAAGGCUGUAACUGUAACUGUAUCUACAUGACCCAAGUAGGUAUGUACCACUAGGUAUGCAGUACGAAAAUAAUACUGCGUUUAAUUAAAAACCUUACAAACAACAUGCAUCACUCGGUGAAUAGAUUGUGCAUUUAUGUUUUAUGUGUUUUUUAAUAAUUGUAAUGUUGAUUUACAAACUAAACAUCAUCCUGAACGAGGAAGAUUCUAAAGCCGCGUACGCACGUACGAACAAAUUUGUUGCGUUACAUGAUAUGCAACAACUUGGUUCGCACGUGCGUACCACUAUCGAACAUCGAACACUCUGUUCGUCAAACAUGUUCGCGGCGAUCCUUGUAGUGUGUUCUGUAUGGACGGUGUUCGAAGCGCUUUAAUAACUUCACAAUCGACCACUUCCAACGGCGCUGUCAUGGCUACUAAGAUAGAGUUCACGACUGUUGUUCGCGAACUCGACUCGAACUAUGUUUGCGUUCGUGUUCGAAUAUGCCGUCCAUACGUACGAACCAAAUGUUCGGGUCUGGUGUUUGUGUUCGCUAUGUUCGAGUUCGUACGUGCGUACGCGCCUUAAGAAAACAACAUUUAUUUACUGCCCGAGAGUGGACAAACAAAUAUCUUGCUACAAAAAAGUAUCAAUCCGAAAAGCAUAAAACAUCAGCACAGUUCAUACAAAAAUAAUACGUAUUACGGUGAUAAUAAUGAUUAUUUUGGUACAAAUAUUAUGUUUAUUAUGUAUAUUAUUGACUUAGUUUUAAUGUGUAAAUAUCUUGCAAAGUAAAUUGUUUUUAUUGGGACACUUAAAUACAAAUUGAGAAUUAUCACCUACUAACGACCAGCUCCGGCUUCGCACGGGAUAACAGUAUUUCCCCACUAUUUAAUGUAGGUAUGUUAUUAUACAUAUAAACCUUCCUCUUUAAUCCGUCUAUCUAUUAAAAAAAACGUAGUUUUGAAGAUUUAAUCGUACAAAGAGACAUAGGGACAGAAAAAGCGACUUUAUUUUAUACUAUUUCUAUUGAUAUAGUUGAAUCUAGAUAGAAUAUAUUUUACAUCCUCUUCGUUUUGUGCUAUUUCUAUCUUUUGACCAACAUAUGUAUGAAGAUACAAAGUACUUGUUGCUUUUAAUUUUUGUUGUUAUUUAUUUUUAGUUUUAGGUUUUCAUUGUAAAUAUUUUUAGAUUUUUUUGUUAUACGUUUUAUUAUUUGCCACAAUAUUUUGGUUUUGGUUUUAGAUUUUUCCAUUAAUGAUUCCAUGUAUUCUGAGAUGUCCAAAUAAAAUCAAUAAAAGAUACAUUAAGGUAUUAUUAAGAUGUGAAGUUACGAUUCAGUUAUCCUGUAAAAUUAAUUAAAUAAGAUAUUGAAUGACAAAUAAUAAAAUUAUACAUUGUUCUCGCUGUGUUUUUUUUAAUCCAACUCCGGACCGCGAAUUGUUGUACUUACCCCGUUGUUGUUGUUGUACCCCGGAUAUUCAAUAAACACAACGAAUUGAAUUACGGAUCUGAACAAUAUUUGUGUUUAUGCAACAAGAUAUAUUAAUAACACGUCAAUCUUAAAAAAAACACUUGAGUUCAGUAUUUGUUUUGUAACUGAACCUCACACCCAACUUUAAAAUAACCGCUCGUAUUAACUGUAGUUGAAAAUAAAAUGGCCAGAACUUUUAUGUCCAGGCUUUGGCUUUAUUUGACUGCUGCAGCAGUAUUCAUACUAAUACUAAUAAUCAUUAAAGGUAUCAUCUAUUCCAUCAUUGAAGACUCGUUGCCGUCCGCAGAAGACCCGAGCUUUGUUCCGGGUGCAAAGUCAAUAUUCUUUCACGACACAUCUUGCCGAGGCGGCCUGACUAUACGUCAAGCGUGUUCGGUAGAAGCAGCCGCCAGAGCACACCCUGAGCACAUUAUCUACGUGCUGUUCAGCUGUCCAGUCACCAACUACGCGCAGAAGACGACCUGCCUCGCGACGCUCCUCGAAUUCCCCAAUGUGAAGUUUCUGAGAGUCGACAUUACUGAAUUUUCCAAAGGAACAGCCGUGCAGUCUAUAGUACUCAACGAUAUAAAACUUGGUCUAUACCCAAAACAGCAUGCAGCCGACAUACUGAGAAUGUUGACUCUCAACAAAUGGGGUGGCAUAUAUCUGGACACAGACAUGAUUUUGACUAGAUCUUUAGAGCAUUUUCCGAAGAAUUUUGUGGCUAAAGAAAAUCUGAAUGACGUCGCUUCGGGCAUCCUGUCUUUUACGAAAGACGGAAUUGGUGCCAACAUAACUAAUAAAAUUCUCAAAAUCAUGGGCCAAGACUAUAACCCAACGGGUUGGUCAACUUUUGGUCCAGCAGCCAUAGACAAGGUGCUGAAAAUGUCCUGCCCUCAGCUGAUUCACUCGGCCAACUACCAGACAGCCCCCAUGAGUAACUGUCAUGGCAUUACUGUAUUCACCUCCGAGUUGUUCUAUCCAUAUUACUACACGGAGAUCGAAGAUAUAUUUAGUGCUCCAACAGAAGAUUUCCACUUGGAAGAACCUUACGCUUACCAUAUGUGGGACUUCGUGACGCAUAACAUAUCUAUUCACAAGGACACGGUGUACGAAAUUGUUGCUGGCGCCUUCUGCCCUACGAUCCAUGACACGUACAGAGAUGAAUUUUGUGUAGUAGUUUGAGCAGUAGAUUUAGUGGUUUGGAAUAUACAUAUUAUUUUCUGUUUGCCAGAGCUUUCUUUCACUUUGGUGCACAACUAUUUUCCUGUAGAAAUUAUUUUUGAAGCGUGAUUUGUAUCUUCAGUGAUAUAUUUUUAUUUUGCUGUUUCUUUAAACUAACUUAAAGUUUAAAUGACGCAAAAUAUUCACAACAUCAUAACAUAACAUUUGACAGAACACAUAACAUUUGAGCAUAAUUUUAAUGUCGGUCAUCAGUCAUCAUCAGUCAUGGUGGCCUAGUGGGCAAAGAACCAACCUCUCGAGUAUGAGGGCGCAGGUUCGAAUCCAGGUCAGGCAAGUACCAAUGCAACUUUUCUAAAUUUGUAUGUACUUUCUAAGUAUAUCUUAGACACCAAAGGCUGAUUAAAAAGGUGAAGGAAAACAUCUUGAGGAAACCUGGACUAUAUAGUCUGAAAUCACCAACCCGCAUUGAGCAAGCGUGGUGAUUAAUGCUCAAUCCUUCUCCGCGUGAGAGGAGGCCUGUGCCCAGCAGUGGGACGAUAAAAAGGCUGUAACUGUAACUGUAUCUACAUGACCCAAGUAGGUACAGUCAACUUCAGGUCAGUGGUAACAGUUUUAUAGGAAAAUCGUACUUAUUACUAUUGAGUUAAGGUGCAUGACAGUUACCACUGAUGUGCAGUCUACUGUACCACUAGGUAUGCAGUACGAAAAUAAUACUGCGUUUAAUUAAAAACCUUACAAACAACAUGCAUCACUCGGUGAAUAGAUUGUGCAUUUAUGUUUUAUGUGUUUUUUAAUAAUUGUAAUGUUUAUUUACAAACUAAACAUCAUCCUGAACGAGGAAGAUUCUAAGAAAACAACAUUUAUUUACUGCCCGAGAGUGGACAAUCAAAUAUCUUGCUACAAAAAAGUAUCAAUCCGAAAAGCAUAAAACAUCAGCACAGUUCAUACAAAAACUAAUAAUAAUGAUUAUUUUGGUACAAAUAUUAUGUAUAUUAUUGACUUAGUUUUAAUGUGUAAAUACCUUGCAAAGUAAAUUGUUUUUAUUGGGACACUUAAAUACAAAUUAAGAAUCAUCAGCUAUGAUGUUGAAUCUAGAUAGAACAUAUUUUACAUCCUCUUCGUUUUGUGCUAUUUCUAUCUUUUGACCAACAUAUGUAUGAAGAUACAAAGUAGUUAUUGCUUUUAUUUUUGUUUUCUAAGAUGUCCAAAUAAAAUCAAUAAAAGAUACAUUAAGCUAUUAUUAAGAUGUGAAGUUAUGAUUCAAUUAUCCUGUAAAAUUAAUUAAAUAAGUUAUUGAGUGAUAAAAAAUAAAAUUAUACAUUGUU